AUGGAUACCAAACCGAAUAAGUGUGCUGUGCUUUCACAAUUGAAUGAUGAAAUCAAUCACAUCUGGCCAGAGUUGCAACAUUUGUUCUACAAUCUUCAUGUCGUCAGCAACUCUAAAAUCGACGAGAUAAUUGUGAGGAAGGAAGAUGAAGAUAAGGUGUUGGACAUUGAAUCUCUGGCCGUCCCUACUUUCCCACAGCCGAUUUUGCAUGUCAUUCACCAAGCAUGGCAAAUAUUCGAUCACCGUAUUAGGACAAACCAUCCACUUUUCUUUGGAUUUGCUCCUUCGACUGCUAUGGAGUUGAGUUGGCUAGGUGAUAGCAUUGUAUCUGCAUUCAAUGCCCAUGUCGGGGGUAGGGUGGCUGGCUCUGGUCCAUGUGCGAUUGAAAACGCUCUGAUACAAUGGCUGGCAUCAAAAGUUGGAUUCCCUCUUCCUGCUGGUGGGAUCUUUGUCUCUGGCGGGUCUGUGGCGAACCUGUCAGCAAUGGUUGUGGCCCGUGAUCACUUACUCCCUUAUCGGGACUUUUCUCGAGGGAUGAUCUAUGCAAGCGAUCAAGCUCAUAAUUCUGUCAGCAAGGCAGCUAGGAUUUUGGGCUUCCCCAAAGAUAUACUGCGGAUUAUUCCAUCAGAUUCGUCCUUUAGGAUGCAUGUUGCCACUCUCAAGAGCAUGAUCAUUGCGGACAGGAGGAAGGGAAUGAUCCCGUUUCUGAUAUUCGCAACUUUUGGGACUACACAUACCGGGGCGAUCGAUCCUAUCGCCGACAUUGCAGAGGUAGCUAGGGAUGAGGGUUUAUGGCUCCAUGUGGAUGGUGCCUAUGGGGCGUCUGCUGCCUUAUUAGACACGCGUCCUGGCCUCACAGAUGAGUUGCAACAUGCACACAGCCUAUCAUGGGAUGCACAUAAAUGGUUAUUCCAGACAUAUGGCUGCGGGAUCUUACUUAUUAAGAAUAUAUCCCUUCUAGCAGCAAGCUUCGCUGUCUGUGAAUCAGGCAUUAUUAAUCAUGCAGGACGCAUAUUUGAUAAGGACUGUGAAUUCUGGGAUCUUGGAUUUGAAUUGACCAGACCAUCCCGGGCAAUGCGACUUUGGUUUACAAUGCGUGUCCUUGGGACAAAGAGGAUCAGUCAAAUUAUUGAAUAUGGACUAUCUGCUGCAGAAAUGGUAGAAACAAUGCUCAGGCAAUUCUCCAACUGGGCAAUACUAUCACCUGCAUCUCUGGCCAUUCUUUGUUUCCGCUAUCAGCUAGUCAAUCGAAAUGAACAGCAGCUAAACAAAAUAAAUUCAGAAAUCUCGAAGAAAUUGAUCUCUGACAAUGUGGCUGGAAUCUUCACAAUCCAACUUCAGGGGAAAAUUGCAAUGAGAAUGUGCUGCAUAACCACUUUUCGAAUGCCUAAAGAAGAACUAGGUAAUCUCAUUAUAAGCAAUGAUUGA